AUGAGAGCAGCGCGCAGGGAGGGGCGCGCGGCGGCGCGGGCAGCGAGCGCGUUACCUGUUCUGCCAGCCCUGGAGGAGGUUGGUGUAUUUGCUGAGCACGCCCUCGAGCGCUGGUUCCCUCCGCCGGCCGCCUCCCCCGCACGGACUAGCGGCCACCGAGCCUGGGCUGCUGCGGCUGCCCCCGCCGCCGAGCCCCGCUGCUGCCGACCGGCCGGAGACCCCCCGGCCCGCCAGGGAGCAGGACGGCGAGGAGCCCGCCGAGGUGGCGCGACUGCUGCUGCGGCUGCUGCUGUUGCUGCCCCCGCCGCCGUCUGCGCCCUGGGCUGCCCUCUCCAUGGUCCGUGCGCGCCCGGGACGCGGGUGCCCGCCGCAGUGGCGGCCCCGGCACUGGGGCUCUUGGCGCGGCAGCAGCGGCGGCGGCGGCGACUAGAGCUGCGGACGCCCGGGCCGCUCGUGGCUGCUCCAAAUCCCCGGGAAAUGCCUGACUCAUACAGGAGGAAGAGGAGGAGGAGGCAAAGGAGAGCUGGGAAGGAAGCCAACGGGGCUGGAUGCAGCUGCGGCCGCCCCUCCUCCCGCCGCGGCCCCGGUCCCGGCCCCUCCCUCCGCACUAGUUUCCCGGGCAAGUUGGGAGCGGGUGACCGGCUCGGCGAGCCCUCCUCCGGUUCCUCCUUCUCUGCUUUCCAGUCCCCGCGGCCGCUCCCCGCGCCGAACGGCAGGGUGGGCACGCCCGGAAUCCACACCCUGUCACCCCUUGCGCGCCUUCUGCCGCCCCCUCUCGGAUGGGAAGGUGAGAAAGGGAAUCUCCGCGCGUCACUCCCCACCCCCCACCCACCUCGCGACCUGGCUGGAGGGGCGGCCCCACCCACCCAGUCCACCCGGAUAUGGACCCCCCCGGCCUUACACCGGCUCACACGCACACUCCUCUGCCUUCCGCACCAAGCCUGGCCCGGACACACGUACGCGGUCACCUGGACAUCAGCCUCACUGGCCGAGCCAAGAAACAGGGCAGAAAGGUCCUCUGUAUUCUCCUACGUGUCCGAGAGGGGUGGGCAAGGCAGGACAGUAUCACCGGUAAACUCUCCUGCGGUAUUUUCACCCAGUGGAGUUAUGACAAAUACACAAUGGACAAGCAUGGGCCGGGACUGGACUGAGACUAAAGAACUCUGGGGAUCCUGCAAGUGCCUCUUUAAAUUGAACGUCGUCGUAGGCGCCGAACUUGCCUCCCUCUAACCCCUACUCUGAAUAAACCUGGCAAAUCCAGCCCUACUGGUGUUAUUAGGACCAGGCACCUGGGAACCAGAGGCUCAGAAAUGGAUAAGACUGCACUGAAGACAAACUCUGCCCCCACCCCAAGGUGAGCAGCAUGUCCCAGAUCAAGGCUCUCCUAGAGUUUGAGUCCUGGAGAGAAAAGAUGAGUAACAGCCACAUGCACAGCCAUUGAGGUUUUAGGAAUCAUUUUGUACCACAGCAUAACUGUAAAUGUCCAUGAAACCCUUCAUGGACAUGAGGACUGGGAAGUGGGUGCGUGUUGAACCAUAAAUGUCUGUCACUCUAUGUCCACACAACACCACUCAUGGAGGACUGCCACUGGAGGAUCUGGCUCAAGGAGGGGAGGGGCCCUCAUCUUAUUUCAUAUUAUCAAACUUCUACCACCAUUACUCCAUCGUACCCAGCCAGCCUGUGACUGGAUGAGCUGGCACAGCAACUUCUCAUUUUGGACUAAAAUGUAGAGACAUUUCAUGUGGAAAAAAGGGUACCCUCUUAAACUGUUGGUGGGAAUGGAUAUUGGUGCAACCACUAUGAAGAA